CUGAGGUUGGAGCAGGGCUCUGUGUGCGCAGCUGAAGCGAGGUUUCCGCGGUGAAGUAGACGAAUAGAGAGCGAAGAACAAACGGAACGGAGAUAUCAACGGUUUUCUCGUCCCGUUCUCACUUUAAUCUUGACAAAUGUGAGCUAGACAACUUGACAUUUUCAUCUAAGUUUUUGGACGUAACGUGUCGCCUAUUUUGGAGUGCUUUGUUGUUUUCAGAGUUUAAAGAAAGGUCGAACGCGCCGCGCUACAACUGCAGGCAGCGUUGGAUUAUUCCCGUGGCGGAAUAUUUUGGUGGACAGUCACAGUCCGACACAUUGCGCACGGGAUAUUCAAAACAUUUAGAAGUUGCGAUUGGUGUCUCAUUUCGCCGUGACUUUUAGGUAUGCCUGUGGUUGUCAGCGUGACUCCGGACAGGUAACCGGGUGUGUUGCUGGUGCCAUGGCAACCCCAGAGUUGCGUCUGUUGCCUGUCAUCGUGGUUACCAUCGUCCUGGUGGCGUUGUCGGCUGCGGAUGACCACGAGUGGCACUUUAAACCAGCUCAGUGUCGUUACGCCCUGGGGAUGGAGGAUGGCACCAUCCCUGACUCUGACAUCACGGCUUCCAGCGCCUGGUCAGACUCUACUGAGGCCAAACACGGCAGGUUGAGUACAGGAGAGGGAGAUGGAGCGUGGUGUCCUGCAGGAGCAGUGUUCCCCAGUGCUUCAGAGUACCUCCAGGUCGACCUGCGCUCGCUGCACUUCCUGGCUCUGGUGGGUACCCAGGGUCGCCAUGCCGACGGGCACGGCCGGGAGUUUGCCCGCAGCUACCGGCUCCGUUACUCCCGAGACGGACGCACCUGGAUCACCUGGAAGGACCGCUGGGGGCAGGAGGUGGUGUCUGGGAAUGAGAACACCUAUGAUGUGGUUCUGAAGGACCUGGGUCCACCCAUUGUUGCCCGUUAUGUCCGCUUCUACCCCCUGGCAGACCGGGUCAUGAGCGUCUGUCUACGAGUGGAGCUCUAUGGCUGUCUGUGGAACGAUGGCCUUUUGGUGUACACAGCUCCUGUGGGUCAUGUGAUGCACCUGUCUGGCUCACCUGUGUACCUCAACGAUUCCACCUACGAUGGCAGCGUAGAGUCAGGGGUUCAGUUCGGAGGCCUGGGCCAGCUGUUUGACGGUGUGUUAGGAGGGAAUGACUUCACAGAGACCAAGGAGCUGAGGGUGUGGCCGGGGUAUGACUACCUGGGCUGGAGCAGAGAGGCUCUGGGGCAGGGCAGUGUUGACAUCGAGUUCCACUUCGAAAAGACACGCAGCUUCCACACCAUGCAAGUCCACAGUAAUAACCGUCACACCCAGGGUGUGAGGGUCUUCAGUAAGGUAGAUUGUCAGUUUAAACCUGGCCUCUUACUCCCCUGGUCCUCGCCCCCCCUCUCCCUGGCUGUACCUCUAGAGGACCUGAAGGACCCCUCCUCACGCCCCAUCUCCCUGCCCCUGGGGGGUCGCCCCGCCCAGAUCUUACGCUGCCAGUUUGCCUUCGCAGACCGAUGGAUGCUCAUCUCUGAGAUCUCCUUCUACUCCGAGCCGUACGGGGAGGGUGUCGACCCCAUGGACACGGGCUCUGCUCUUCCUGCUCCUCCGGUCUCCUCCGCUACUCCUCGUCCUCCUCCUACUGUCUUCCCCUCCUCCGUCAGCCCCGCCCUCAACCACAACUCCUCCAACUUCACUAGUGUUCCCUCAGAACCCCCCACCACCAACCCCAUGAUGGACAGCACGGGUAACAGCACACUGUCAGGGGCCGACUUCGAUGCUGUGACCCCAGGGGCAGGCCUUCCUGUCGCCAAGGAUGACAGCAGCAACACAGCCAUCCUGAUUGGCUGCCUGGUGGGCAUCAUCCUGCUGCUAUUGACUGUGAUCGCUGUCAUUCUGUGGAGGCAAUACUGGAAGAAGAUACUGGGCAAGGCCCAGGGCAGUCUGUCCAGUGACGAGUUGCGUGUCCAUCUGUCCGUCCCCUCGGACAACGUGGUGAUUAACAACACACACAGCUAUUCCAGCCGCUACCAGCGUAUACACACUUUCCCUGACGACAGGGAGCGCUGCGACGGAGAGGGAGAGUACCAGGAGCCCAGCGCACUGCUCCGACCACUAGGACAAGACAGCACCGGACGAGACAGCACCGCCUUGCUGUUAAACAACCCAGCCUAUGACCUCCUCCUGUCAGAUCAGAGGCAGCAUGGCUCAGGCUCCUCGUGGCCCCUAACCGUCCCUAUGGCCCGGGCCAGCUCCUCUCACCCUCAGGAGAAGAGCCUCAAUAUUGGGGCCCAGGGCUGUGGUAUGGACUUGGAGAAGGGCUUGCCCCCCACCCAGGAGGAGCCUCCCCCGUACCCCGAUGCCCCUCCCUACCCGGCCCUGUCUCCCCCCUUCCCCGCCAGCGUGCCCCACUAUGCAGAGGCGGACAUUGUUAGCCUGCAGGGCGUCAGUGGUAACAACACGUAUGCAGUGCCAGCCCUGACCUCCUCCAGCCCCACUGCAGCAGACUGCACCCCCCUGCCUGAACUGCCCCGACACUGUCUGGUUUUCAAGGAGAAACUGGGAGAAGGACAGUUUGGAGAGGUGCACCUGUGUGAGAUAGAGAGCCCUCAGGAACUGCCUAACCUGGAGUUCCCUUUCAACGUGAGGAAAGGACGCCCUCUGCUGGUGGCUGUUAAGAUACUGCGUCCUGACGCCUCCAAGAACGCCAGGAAUGACUUCCUAAAGGAGGGGAAGAUUCUGUCUCGUCUGAAGGACCCAAACAUCAUCCGUCUGUUGGGAGUGUGUGUGAGCAGCGACCCUCUCUGUAUGGUCACAGAGUACAUGGAGAGUGGAGACCUCAACCAGUACCUCUCACACAGAGUCCUGCUGGACAAGACCGGACCCACACACAACACCCCCACCAUCAGUUACCCUGCUCUGAUCGCCAUGGCCAGUCAGAUAGCUUCAGGGAUGAAGUUUCUGUCGUCUCUGAACUUUGUGCACCGUGACCUGGCCACAAGAAACUGCCUUGUGGGGGGUGAGAAGGGCGAGAGCGGGGGCGACCGGGGCGGGGAGCGACCCAUCAAGAUCGCCGACUUUGGGAUGAGCAGAAACCUGUAUGCUGGAGACUACUACCGCAUCCAGGGGCGGGCCGUGCUGCCUAUACGAUGGAUGGCCUGGGAGUGUAUACUGAUGGGGAAGUUCACCACAGCCAGUGACGUGUGGGCGUUUGGUGUGACUCUGUGGGAGAUGCUGAGUGUGUGUCAGGAGCAACCCUACUCCAACCUGACUGAUGAACAGGUCAUAGACAACGCCGGAGAGUUCUUCAGGGACCACGGAAGACAGGUGUAUCUGAGCAGGCCAGAUGUGUGUCCUCAGGGUCUCUAUGACCUCAUGCUGAGCUGCUGGAACCGGGACUGCAAGCUCCGCCCAUCAUUUGCCCACAUUCACUCCUUCCUCACAGAGGAUGCCAUGAACAUGGUGUAGAGAGAGAGAGAGAGAGGAAUGGAAGAGUGAGAUGGAGAGAGGGGGAUGAGAGACGGAGGGAUGUGUGUAGAAGUGGUGGAGGUGUAGAGGGAGAGGUGUGCAGUAGAGGGACGGGUGCCUGCUUGUAUAUUUUGUAUUUCUCAAUGAUGGGCAGAUGGGGCUGAGACACCGCUGGUUCGGUUUUCAAUCCCACGAGACAGACCCCAACCCACACCCCUUUACCCCCCUGAGUAGUCUCUAGAUUGUCUUGAUAAGAAUGUAACACAACACAAUGGUUGGUGCGGUGGUGGGUUGGUGUCUGAUUCUGCAUAGUGCUUCCAGGACCACCGAUGGUCUGUCAAUGGUCUGCUAGCAAACACAGGGAAGCUGUAAGACGUAUGGGGAGGAGAUGUGACAAUGCUUGGUAAUGUAGAUGAAGCUAAAAUUAAUUUGUAACGCUGAAUAACGUUUCUCAAAGAAUAUCAACAAUACCAAUCUGAUUAUGCAUCAAUGUCAGACAUUAAUACUCUGAAAUGUGAUCAUAGUUUAAUAGCAUAUUAACAUUUUGGGAUAAACUUAUCACAUCAUCCUAUAUAGAUAUUUUAUUACUUGACCUGCUAAUGUUUUUGGUAUUUGUAUAAAUCAUGUGCUAGGGUUACUGGUGAAGGUCUAUAUAUAUAUUCUCAUACUGUCAACAUUUCUCCAUCUCAAAACGGUACACACACAUUUUUCACACAGAGGUGAAAUUGCACACAAGGUUUACUGUCUUAGUACUAUAUAUGUUUCAGUAUAUAACCCAGUUCUUCCCAGCCCCAAACCCUCCCUCCCAGACCCCAGUCUAAGGUUGUCUCUAGUCUCAUGGAACCAGACGAGUGUGGCUGAAUAUUGCAUUAUAAUCCUCUGGCCUACCCGUUACGCCUGAGCUUUAAAGUCUGGCAAGCAGAAUGAUGGUAUCUCAUACACAGGCCAGUAGCAGACACAGCAACAGCUGUUCCACCAGCAGUCUGUAACACCAGGCAUUAGACACACACACACAAUGCUGUCAGUCAGUCAGCUGCUCAGCCCAGACUAGGCUGGCAUUGUGACUAUAUUCUGCCUCCCUCUCCACCCAACUCAGUAUCUCACCACACCGCCUUUCAUUCUGCAGUCUCACUCAUAUCUCUCACAACUGAUCCACUCUGAGCUGUAACUAUGGAGUUAUACUGGACUGAUGUGAACUGAUCUGGACUCGAUGACUCUUUCCAGGACAGGAAGUGUGUGGUUGUUACUUUACCAGACCUCCAAACUGAAACCCUUUGGACCUCCGGAGCCAGAGAGAACUGACUGGUGUCACGUGACGUGAGCCUCACUGCCUGAGAGAACAGGUACAGUAGGGGAGGUGCACUGUGAACGGCUACAACCAAUGAGAUUUGAACUUAACAGAACAGAGACAUCCUUCCUUAUGGGAGCUGGAAUAGUAUAGCCCACAGCAACACACACUGAAAGACAGACAACACUGCCUGUGCUGUGACAUCACAUGUGAAACUGACAGUUGUGAUUGGUGACUAGCUGAUGGAACAGCAUAACACAGAUGGACAGAUGGAUUGACGACUAGAGGGGAGUGGGGGCUGAAAUAUGUAAAUGACCAUUUUCAUGUGUAAGUGAGGUGAGCGAUGUGAUUUUCUACCAACGAUGGAUAGCGGAGCUGGGUCUGAGUCAGUGACCCAGAUGCAGAAAGGAGGUUCAUGUAUAUGUCCAAUACACAACCAGCUGCACUUUAAAGGCUGUUUCUGGCCGCACGCCCCAAUACCUGCACAGUCUUGGCCAGUCUUGGGGCAUAGUUACAGUACUUGUAGUUGAACAACUAUUUAACGACACUUUGAGUAGCUCCCCCAACAGUAUCAUGUCUGUAUCCCCUUGGUGUUAGAACCGAUAGCAGUCCAACAUGGCAUUGCUGGUCAAAAUAGAUGUAGUUCUAAACAGAAAAACAGGUCAGUGUCUUCUGAUUUAUCAUCUUAAAGUUGAUCAUGUAUUCAUGAUUCAUUUCAGUGGAUUGUUCAAAUAGAACUGCCUCAUAAAAGGUGUUGUCAAGGAGGAAAAGAGAGGUUUGGAAAACCUCUGUCUGCAUUAUGAGGAAAGGUAGAGCACACCAAAUGCUUUCUGCCAGUGUUAAAUAGAUACCCAGCAAUAGGGAAACGAUCAGACCGAAUGGUUAAAACGUCAAUCACAACGGAUUUAACACUCAUGAGAAGAGGAGCACUAACAACUGUAUCCAAAGCUUUCUAGUUUGUCAGUAACCUUUCAUCUACAUUAUCCCAACAUAAGCUGCCCGUGGUAGACUCUGCCUCACUGAGUGUAGUUCUGCAUAAUGUGUCAGGCUUAAUCAAGAUGAUCAAAUAAUCCUUGUUUACUGAUUGAAUGAGUGCGAAUGGUGGUGCCAUACGAAUGUGUGUCUCGAUUGACAUUUUUUUGAUACACUGUAGCCCAACUAAACCCAUAUGUGUAUAUAUAUUUCCUGUAUAUGUACUUAGAAUCUCCUUGUUGUCAGUGAUGCUGUCAUCCUUUGUCUUAGAAUAUGUACACGUCAUCAGGUUCAUCUUCAAAGGACAGAAUUUUUAUUUUGUCUAAUAUAUGGAAUUUCUUUGUUACAGUUGGGGUCUCUUUUUGUUCCUCUGUAGAAAGCUUGCUACCUUACCUUGAUGCCAUUAUAAUUCAUUGUGUCGUCUAUUUUUGUAGUUUUAAUAAAGUUAACCUUUCCAAAUAAA